CUGUGUGGUCACCAUUCUCCCAUCCUCAGCUUGCUGCUGGAGGGAGAUUGUGGGGAACCGUGUUAUUGCUGAUGAUGAGGAUCAGCCUAGGGAGGAUUGGUGGAUCCUCAUCAGCCCUUCUUGGCAGCUCUUUUAGAAACUGGUGAGUCUGGAUGAUAAACACUGGAUGAUGACAAAUCUGCUUAGCACGGGGGAUCUGCAAUGUUCAUUUCUAUGGGCAGAAGUGGGCUUUUAGAGAAGGCAAAGAGGAGGAUGUUGGGGCUCCAUAGAAUCCUCUGCUCACUCUUCUGUAGGUUUUCUCCAAAAUCUUCAGCCACGAGGCUCUGGAGAGCUAUCUCCCCAAGAUCCAGCUGGUGAUCAAGGACACCCUGCGGGCUUGGAGCAGCAAUCCCGAUCCCAUCAACGUCUACCAUGAGGCCCAGAAGCUCACCUUCCGCAUGGCCAUCCGCGUCCUGCUGGGCUUCCGCAUACCCGACGAGGAGCUCAACCGUCUCUUCGAGGUCUACCAGCAGUUUGUGGAGAACGUCUUCUCCUUGCCUGUGGAUCUGCCCUUCAGUGGCUACAGGAGGGGCAUCCGGGCACGUGAGACACUGCAGAAGGGGCUGGAGAAAGCCAUCCAGGAGAAACUGCAGAACACACAGGGUAAGGACUAUGCCGACGCGCUGGAUAUCCUGAUAGAGAGCGGCAAAGAACACGGCAAGGAGCUCACCAUGCAGGAGCUGAAGGAUGGUACCCUAGAGCUCAUCUUCGCCGCCUACGCCACCACAGCCAGCGCCAGCACCUCUCUCAUCAUGCAGCUGCUCAAACACCCGCGGGUGCUGGAGAAGCUGCGGGAGGAGCUGCGCAGCAAAGGCAUCCUUCACAACGGCUGCAUCUGCGAGGGCUCCCUGCGCCUCGACAACAUCAGUGGCCUUCACUACCUGGACUGUGUCAUCAAGGAGGUGCUCCGCCUCUUCACCCCCAUCUCCGGCGGGUACCGGACGGUGCUGCAGACCUUCGAGCUGGAUGGUUUCCAAAUCCCCAAGGGCUGGAGCGUGAUGUACAGCAUCCGGGACACCCAUGACACCGCCCCCGUCUUUAAGGAUGUGGACGUCUUCGACCCCGACCGCUUCGGGCAGGGCCGCAGCGAGGACAAGGAGGGCAGGUUCCACUACCUCCCCUUUGGAGGGGGUGUACGGACCUGUCUGGGCAAACACUUGGCCAAGCUCUUCCUCAAGGCCUUGGCCAUCGAGCUGGCCAGCACCAGCCGCUUCGAGCUGGCCACCAGGACUUUCCCCAAAAUCACCUUGGUGCCCGUGGUCCACCCAGUCGACGGACUCAAGGUUAAAUUCUUCGGACUGGAUUCCAACCAGAACGAGAUCCUGACGGGGACGGACGUCAUGUUGGGGGCCACUGUGUAGAGCCUACCAGGGAUGGGCGGCUGGGGAUGGAGGGGUGGGGUAGGGACAGGGGGAUGAACAGGAGGGGAGAGGAAUGAGGAGCUUCUCUACGACGCUCACUUGGCAGAGCCUCCAGGUUGGGACUGUUUCCUCCACUGGCAAAGCUGCCAAAAUCCUUCUGCUCCGGGCAUGGAGGAGCUUGGGGUGGCAUCGUGCCUCUCGCUUCCUCCAGAAAGAGGAAGAGUUGUGAAUCCCGAGUAGAACUGGGACUGUCUGACCAUACACAGUAUCUAAAUAUUAUAAAUAUAUAUAUAUAAAUAUCUAUAAAACACUUCUGCUGCCAGGAGAGCGCUGCAAAGCCCCGAUAGUGGGAAAGGCUUUGGGAACCAGCUGGCAGCCAGCGGUCUGGUGGCCCAGCGUGGCCCGCCAAGCUUGUUUUUAACAGUGUUAAAUUAGCUGGUGAUAACAGUGUUUUAUUUUUGUUGUUGUUGUUCGUUUGUUUGGUUGUGUUUGUUUUUUUUUUAUUAUUUUGGGGCUCUGAGGGCUGCCCUGGGCAAAGGGGAGAUGAGCGAUGCCCAUUCCCAUCCCACCCGUUUGGGCAGGUUUGGGGGAGUGCUGCCCUUUCGUCUCCGCCGAGGGACCAAAAAAACCCUGUGGUGCCUUGUCUGAGGCUGAGCCGUCUCUCCAAAGCCUCAGAUGAGUGUGGUUUGGGGUGGGGGGAGCUCCUUUUUUUUUUCUCCUUGAGUUUCCUGCUGCUGCUACACAUCCUGUGUGCACCGCUCCCCCUUCCCCACGCAGAGGCAUCCCUUUGGGGGCAUUUUGGUGCCUUUGCUCUCCCUCAGGGUGUGGGCACCUCCACGAUCUGCUGCAGCUCUGUGAGCACUGAGCUGUUCUGUUUGGGUGCACCCUCUUCCACGGGAGGCAUUUUGCAUUAAAGGUGAUCUCUAUAAAUAAGCCACCGUCCGCAUCGUUUGUCUCGUGUCUGGGUUUUGGUUGGCGAUGGGAGAGCUCUGCAGGAAGGAGAGAAGGGCUGUGCAUCUGAAGUACAAGGUAUCAUGAGCUUCGUAUGCUGGGUGGGUUUAUUUGGUUUGAUUUGAUUUCUUUUAUUGGCAUGAGAAAGGCUUCCAUGUGUUGCGUGAGACAGGCGGGUUGUGUUGAAAGCAGACGUGGCCUCACAUGCAGGUGCAGAGCAAAGGCUGGUGUUUGGUUCAACCUGAGCAUCAGGUUGGGAGAUCCCAUUGGGAUUGGAGGCCCUUCAUCUCGGGGAAGAUCCAAGCAGCCUUGCUUUCUCCCAUCUCCUACCCUGGAGGAUGAGGUAAGGAUGAGGACCGUGGGGUGGUGGGGAAAGAUCUCAUGUUGGGGUGGGCAGCUUGGCUUUUAGCUUUAAAGGUGUCCAGAUAAGUCGAAGGGGCUGAAAUGGGAAGGAUGAGGGGGCAGAUGUCGCUUACCAGGUUGCUUUGCAGGUUGUGCUCUUGAUGAGUGGGUGCCUCGUUGGAAGGUCAAAGGAUGUGUGGGUGAGCAGUGAUGAUGGCUGCCUCUGCCAUUGUCAUCUGGUGGGGUGAGGAGCAGGGAGGCAGAGUUUGAGCUGGGGGAAGCACUUGAGGUUGGGUCAGCCAAGCUGCCAGAAACCCCCAAGAGCACCCCAACGGAUGGUUUCCACUCACACCAGGGAGCACGACUUGAUUUUCAGGUGGAUUUAACCCCAAAUAAAGCUCCCAGUCCUCUAAAGGAUGCCACUGAGGUCCGGGUCUUGCCUUCUGGUCGGUAAGCAACGUGCCAUACCCAAGAGGGAGGUCUGAGCGUUAUGUGCCACCUGGGCACUGUGUCCCUGGAGUGGAGGAUCAGUCAGUUUGCUGACAUGGGAACUCCAAGGGAAAUGCUAGGCACUAGUGAGACUUCAGGCAUUGGAGAGAAAACAUUUCCAGAGAUGGAAGGGGUUUAAUUGCAAUGAGAAUCCCAACAGGAAGCAAAGGAGAACACAACCCAAAUGCAGUGAGAAUGGGUGAGCUUCCCGUGGGCAAGUGUGUAGAGAAAGGUUUGCUGCAUGCAAGGGUCAUUGUCCAUGGUGUUGGCUGAUGAUGAACACGUGUAGGGCAUGGAGAUGGGGCAUGAGGUGGAGGAUGCAGGAUGAAAACACACAAGGAACCCACAGCCAGGAGUCCCCCAUUCCCAGCUGAGACAUACUGGGGGCGAAACUGUGGCUGGGAGAGAGAGGAGGUGAAAAAAUGGGAGAGAUGGAGAUUGGAUGGCCAACAAGGGCCAGAGGUUCAGCCUAAAGUCCAGCGGUGGCUUCAUGCUGUGCUCCCAUGGGUGAGAUCUCUGGGGUGAAUUUGGGAUGGACUCAGUGAAGGGCGGCCAGUGGAGGGUUUGGUUCAACUGUGAUUUGAACUUCCAGUGUCGUUACAAAGUGAAAAACCAAACAUGCUUUUGAGUGAGUGGUUGACUGGAGAGUGGUAAUGUCAGAUGCAUACAUCCAUUAUAUAUAUAUGCUUACACCACGUGUAUAUAUAAUGUGUGUAUGUGUAUUUAAUCUAGGCACCAGUAAGCCAGGCUUUUGUUUUACCAUUCCUAACUAAUAUAACUUGACUAAAAAAGAAGUUGCUGCAGUGGGUUUGCAGAAUAAAGCACUUUGAAUCUCAGAAUUGUGUUUUUUUUUUUCUUAGCACAGUCCAGUUCGCUAUAAUGUUAUUUUAUACACAGUUAUUAUUAUUUUUUGUCUGUCUUUAUAAACUAUUAUAAGUACUAUUUUUGUUAUAAUUCAAAAUAGAUAUUUAGUAUAAAGUUUUGUUGUUAAAUAUUUGUUAUUUAGUAAAAUAUGAUUUUUUUUUCUCUCUAUUGUAAACAUUGUCUGGAAAAAUAUUAAUAUG